CAUUUCACAAAACCCUAGCAUCAGCAGAAGCAGGAGCGGCGGCGCGGGAAAAAAUGGUGAAGUUUCUGAAGCCAAACAAGGCGGUGGUGGUGCUGAACGGCCGAUUCGCCGGCCGGAAAGCAGUGAUCGUGAAACAAUUCGACGACGGAACACGUGACCGUCCGUACGGCCACUGUUUAGUCGCCGGAAUAUCAAAAUAUCCCAAAAAAGUAAUCAAAAAGGAUUCAGCGAAAAAAACGGCCAAAAAAUCGCGCGUGAAAGCUUUCAUAAAGCUAGUGAAUUACAAUCAUAUCAUGCCUACCAGAUACACACUGGAUGUCGAUCUGAAAGAUAUUGUCACGGUCGACGCGCUUCAGUCGCGUGAUAAGAAGGUGAGCGCGUGUAAGGAAACCAAGGCGCGUUUGGAGGAACGGUUUAAGACUGGCAAAAACAGGUGGUUUUUCUCCAAAUUGAGGUUUUAGUUCUGGUGAUGAUGUGGCGGUGGUGGUUUUUAUGUUAUGGAAUUUUUGAUAAUUUUAUGUUAUGGAUUUAUAAUGAUGUUAAAUGACUUGUUUUGAUGAUUUUAGUUUAAUUAAUUAACGCAUUUUUGAGAUA